GUAAACACUACGGGAGGAGGGGGGUAUUUGAGACUGAUUUUGUGGUAUUUUUCGACCGAAAAGUGCUAAUCUUUUUUGCUCACGGCAUUCUUUGGAAUGUGUAGAUUGUGGAACAAGUGCUGAAAUAUGCUUAUCUAUUGUAAUUUGGCUACGUUAGCCUUAGACAUGUUGCACUGUUGACGCUGAUGAAGAAUAGGCGGCACCAAAGCUUUAAAGACUAGUAUCUUUUGAAAUUGAAAUUUGCCUCUCAGUCUCUCAAGAAUCAAGAUGCCAAAUAGAUGUGCAGGAUUUGAUUGCUGACAAACCAGGGAUGAGGCUCAAGAGUCAAGAGAUCACCCUGCAUUGGCAAGUGGCUGGAACAACCCCAGUGCCGCACAGUUCUGCGGGAUAUUCCGGCACCUGCUCCACCGCUGCGGCGUCCGGCCCGGCAGCACAGGGAAAGUGGCAGCCCUCGACCCGACCAGCAUCCUGGCAGUCGGUCACACGACCAGCGGCCGGGGAGCCAGCCUUACUACCUCGGCCUCCACCACCUCAGACAACGGUGCCACGGCACUCCACAUCAUCACGGAGCACGACUUCCAGCCUGGGCUGUCGUCUGGUGGGCAACAUCGUCACCUACAUCGCAGGGUUCGUGGUGAAGAAGGCGCUCGACUCUGUCAGCUGUAGCACCUGUCAGGAGGCCCUGGUGAGCGACAUCCAGCCGGACGACAUGACACAGCUUUACCACCUCUUCAUCAUCUCUGCCAGAUGAGCUAAGGUGGGGACGGGUUACAUGCCUGGGAUCUGACUGAGACCCGCUCAUACCCUGCCGAAGUGUUGGUGAUUUCAGCGGUCAGCUGUCUCUAGCCGGUGUCAGUGAGUCGCGGCCAGCUGCCGCUGGAGUGGGUAUCUACCGUCGAUAGCUGCUGUGUGGCGGAUAGCGUGGAUUUGGAUGGACACUUCAUAUUAAUGAACAGAUCAAUGUCUGGCCGAUAAAAGACGUAUUUUGUCGAUGAUUGCUUAGUGACUGAGUGGGUCCACUGGCGACCAAUGCAGUGGGCGCUGGGUUAACGCCUCGCCUCUUGUGACCGUGUCGAUAUAUAGCAUUGUUAAUUGCCGAUUCGUUGCCGGCCGUCUCUGCUCCGUGGCUGGCUGAUCCGGCACAAACUGGUGUUCGUGGCUGAAGGCGCGGCUACAGUUACACUAGCUCGCCACGUGCCUGUGCGACUAUCGUCGGUGCUGUCUGCAAGGGCGAUGUCGGUGCCUGUAGGGGGCGCGGAUUGAUUCAAAGUGAGGAAUGGGUCAUCGGAGCUCGGGUCAGGUCAUGUUCGGCUUAAAUAAGCGGAUUUUGCGAUUUGCCGCAUCCGGUUGAAUUUCCUUGCCUUCUAGUGCAUGUUUAUGCAUUUUACAUGCGUUUUUUUUUUUAGUGUUGAUGUCUAGAUAACGUGCAUUUGCCUCGAGGUCAAGGCUGCGCUUCAUAUGGGCAGUUUUCGGAGCAUCUUGCUCAUUUUAUUCGUAAUCCUUAAUUAUGUUUGCGGAUUUGUGCCCGCAAAUCAUUUUUUUAAAGUAAGAUUGACACGGGAUUCGAGAUCGGCGCCCAUAAAUACACUUCACAUGACCCGCCAUGUGUCAAGGCCAUCCGAGGUCAUCUAAGGUCGCUGACCUUGUAUGACCUUAUGUGACCCGGUUCGCUAGAUUUCGAGAUGAGGUUGAUUGGGAAUGAUGUAACCCAUUUCGCCGACAGUUCACGCGUUUUGGUCGAUUUUAUAGCGAAAGAUCUCAAACUCCAGUGACUUUACUGGUUCGAUUUCCAGUGUUUGACCUGACCUCUGAGUUCACCCGUUGACCUAGUACCCUGAAAUUUGGUAUCACUGGUUUACUCACAUCGCGGACAGCAUACCUAUUUUUUCCGUUCUUGCUCCGUCGAGGGGCGAACGGCUGGAGUUCACUCCGUUCACCCUGGCUUCCCCUACUCGUAAGACGCUGACAAACUACGAACGGGUGAGGGCUAAAAUUGCACUUAUUAUCGAUCAUUGUCCAUUGCAUACUGCAUACAUAGAUAUAAAGUAUGGUAGCCAUAAUGGGAAACGAAUUUAAUCUUAAAUUAGCAUGCCAAUUGCAUCUACCUUCGGUGCCGCAUAUCCUUUAUCAGCGUCUUCAGGGCUAUAUGUCUAGGGCUGAUGUAAUUACAUUACUAUAAAUACACAUGUUUCUGCCCUUGUUUCACAAUCUACUCAUUCCAAAGAAUGCCAUAGGUAAAAAAGAUUAACACUUUUCGGUCGAAAAAUACCACAAAAUCUGUCCCAAACACCCCCCUCCUCCCAUAGUGUUUACACAGCGCCGCAGAUUCUCGCCCUCACCAACAUGGCGGCCGCUGCUACGUAUUCGCGAGUCGCUCCCGACAUGGGGGUGCCCUAUCUAGUCUUUAUAUCUAUGGUGAAAGUCCAUUUUAUUUUUUUAAGAACUCACCGUUUUACUUGAUAACAUUGGUUAAAACAUAAAUCCCAAAGCUUUUUUUUGUUUUAGAUCAAUGUUCACAGUUACGUUACGAACCAGUUUCUCUAAAAAUUUAUCUUGAUGAAGGGAGGUUUCAAUGCAUUUUCAUGGCCUAACAUAGUUUUCCUAGCAAUACUACCAUAUCCUAACCGUUUCAAUAAUAACGCUCUUCAGACAUUUUAAAGCUGUAGUAGAGUUUGCUUCGCAAAAAAAAUCCCUGAAAUUUAUCAGACAAGUGGUUCAUUAGACAACAUAUUUUUGUUUUAAGCUGUUAAUAUGGCCGCAAGACGAUUAACAAUGUACCUCGGUCAAUGUCUACCUUCAAAUGUUGAGGGCUUAGCCAAAGUCACGGUUCGAACCCUGAAGAGAGACGAAAUACUGAAUGCGUUUUUCCCGGAGAACACCACACUGGACGUGCGGGACCCACAGCACCAGUGCCGCGCCGGAGACACCGUGCUCAUCGAACAGAUGCCCGACGACGCCCUCGGCAAGGUCAAGUUCCAGCUGCUGAAGACGGUGUACCGUUACGGCGACAACAGGGACCCCAUCACCGGCAAACUGGUCAUGGGAACGGAGUACAGGGAGCACGUGGACCUGGAGGCCCAGCUGGCGGGGAAGGACGGUGGCGUCACCUUCGACUACGAGAGCGCCCCGCCGCGGGGCUGGCAGGAGGGCAAGAAGGACUGGUCGCACCGCGAACCAGAGGUCAAAUGGCACGACGACGGAAAGUGGGAGCCGCACCAGUGGUGACUGGUGGUCUCAUACCAGACUUUGGUGCCGUCGGGGCUGUGUGUGAAGUGAGGAUGGAUGCGAGGUAUGCUGGGGUGGUGUGUUUUUUAAUAGUCGUUGGAUUGUGAGGAUGUUAUAUAGUGUAUUGCAUGGUCA